CAAUGAGAAACUGGGAGGAGAGAUGAUCAGGGUCAUGAUAUCACGUCUUCUUCACAUUCUUCAUGUUCUAGCUGGUGGAAUUAACUGAAAAAAAAAACCUGAUCGAGAAAUCAGACAAAAACUAAAUAAUGACGCUGAUUCUGAUUGUUCUUUUAUUUGUAUAUCAAGGUGUUGAAGGUCAUGUUGGUGAGAAGAUUAUAAAAGAAAAUGAACCUGCGACCAUCAAUUGCAACCAGGAGUCAAGUUCAGUCUUUUGGUUUCGAAUGAAAGAAAACGGCUUUGAAUAUAUUGGGACCUUCAGCAAGAGUAAGAAUACAGGCAAAGCUGUCGAGAAUAAAUUCACAGUAAAUGAGAAAUCUCUCCAGUUGAAAACAUUUGAGUCGGUGAAGGACAGCGGCACUUACAGCUGCGUCUACAUCAACAACAACGCGCUGCAUUUCACCUGCACCACCAAACUGCGCGGAGAAACAGUCCCAACAACAAUCAAACCAAAGAUACCAACAACACCCAAGCAGGCAUUGGUUGCCACGCCAACUGCUGCAUCAAACUGUCCAAAGAAUCCUAGAGAGAACAAGCCUGUGACGAUAGAUGUACUUUUGGGUUGUGAGCAGCACAUCUUCAUUCCUUUGGCUGCUGGAUGUGGAUUUCUACUCCUGCUUCUGCUCAUCACCAUUGUGUACUGCAAUCGUAUAAGAACAAGACGAUGCCCUCAUCAUUACAAAAGACGACCACGAAGCAGACCAGCAGGCCACAAAACUCUACCCAAUCCUCCAGACUAUUAGACACCGUGACCAAGAAAACUAAUGUUAAAACAUUUUCUAUUUCAGAUUUCUUUUAAAACAUACUGCCAGAUUUUUUUCUGGGAACAUUAUUUCUGCGAGUAGUAUUCCUUUAAUCUGUUAAAACCAAGCCUAUGUUUCCAUUUAUUUUGUAGAUAAUUUUAAUCGAUGAAUUAUGUAAUCCUUUUAUAAAUAAACUUAGUACUUGUUAAGCUA